GCGCUUCCUUCAGUUCUUCAGGCGGAUGGCCGAGUGAGAGUCCGACUUUGGCCAGAGCUACGGUAGGGGAAAUGCAGGGGAAAGGGCAAAGUAAAUAUAUACUAGGGCUACCUGUUGCAAUGGUCUCCAACUGCACAGAUUCCUUAUUAUCCCGAUUCCCCGAUUUUUCCCUUUUUCCAUUUUUCCAUUUUCCUCUUUGUGCCGCUACUGCCCUUUCGUUCACUCUCCUGGGAACGGUGCCUCUCCUUUUUAGUCUCAGUAGGUAAUCAAAGGUGCAACAACAACUAAACCGGCUUUCUCUCCUUGCUCUCACAUCAGCUGUGAGUGCAGGCUCUCUCUCGAGAUCGGAGCAUAUGGCAUGCGCCAUCCCUUUCUGGCUCGAUCAAAGGUAUUGGCGGCAGAGAGCGCAGUCGCUGCGCUCGCCCGACUAUAAAAGCAGGGGCCCUCGAAAAACUCAAUUCAUUCGUCCUCGUCAGCUCAGCUCAGCGCAUCUGAAAAAAGUAAAAAGAACUCGGCGUACAAUGUUCCACUGAGUAGAACCGUCAAUCCGGAAAAGUGCAGCGAACCUCGUACCCAUAACACGGCUAUCGCGAAACGAAAAAUAAAACAAUGCUUAACCGGACAAUGCCCAACUAACUGAAAACCAAAAACACAAGUGCAGAGUGACAGAAAAAAUUGUGUUUUAGCAAUUUUUCUAAGCCAAAAACACCGCCAUCAACAACCAAUCCAAUCAACAUCAUCAACCUUCACUAAAAACCACCAAACACCAACAAAAUGCUGUGGGAAUCGAUUGCCGAAGAGACAAACUGCAACAUGGAAUGCAAUAUCAGCAAUAGCAACAAAAACAGCGCCUCCUCGCGCCGGGCCCGUCGUUCCCUGGAACUGAUGGCCAUGGACCAGGAGGAGCUCUCCUUCUACGACGACGAUGUGGUGGCCCAGGAGCAGCAGCGAUCGGCCAGUCCGGAACUCAUGGGACUACUGUCGCCGGAGGGCUCGCCCCAGCGCUUCCAGAUCGUCCGCCAGCAGAAGGUGCUGCCACCGGUCGCCGGCAUCGCCGAGGCCAGCAGCGCCACGCCCGCCCGCAGCUUCCGCGUCUUCAACAGCCUGUCCUCCACCUGCUCCAUGGAGUCCUCCAUGGAUGACGAGUAUAUGGACCUGUUCGAGAUGGAGUCGCAGCAGCAGCAGAGCGCCCUGGGAUUCCCCAGUGGCUUGAACUCGCUGAUCAGCGGCCAGAUCAAGGAGCAGCCCACCGCCAAGUCGCCGGGUCUUGCCAUGCGCCGGCCGUCGGUGCGACGCUGCCUCAGCAUGACGGAGAGCAACACCCCACCCGCCCAUCAUCACCAGCAACCAAAGACACCAGAGACUGCCCGGGACUGCUUCAAGCGUCCGGAUCCGCCAGCAUCCGCCAGCUGCUCGCCCAUCCAGAGCAAGCGCCACCGAUGCACCACCGAGAAGGAGAACUGCCCCGCCCCCACCCAAAUCACCAGCAGCAGCAGCACCUCCACCAUUGCCACCACCAGCAACCCACCGCCGCUGAGGAAGUGUAUGUCCCUCAACGAUGCUGAGAUCAUGUCCGCCCUGGCGCGCUCGGAGAACCGCAACGAGCCCGAGCUGAUCGGCGACUUCAGCAAGACCUACGCCCUGCCCCUGAUGGACGGCCGGCACCGGGACCUGAAGAGCAUCUCCAGCGAGACAGUGGCGCGCCUGCUGCGCGGCGAGUUCGACGAUCAGGUGGCCAGCUACCGCAUCAUCGACUGCCGCUACCCGUACGAGUUCGAGGGCGGGCACAUCGAGGGCGCCAAGAACUUGUAUACCACCGAGCAGAUUCUCGAGGAGUUCCUCACCGCCCAACAGACUGAGCUGCAGCAGCAGCAGAACGCCGACUCGGGACACAAGCGCAACAUCAUCAUCUUCCACUGCGAGUUCUCCUCGGAGCGCGGUCCCAAGAUGUCGCGAUUCCUGAGGAAUCUCGAUCGCGAGCGCAACACCAACGCCUAUCCAGCGCUGCACUAUCCGGAGAUCUAUCUGCUGCACAAUGGCUACAAGGAGUUCUUCGAGACCCAUGUGGAGCACUGCGAGCCCCACGCCUACCGCACCAUGCUGGACCCCGCCUACAACGAGGCCUACCGCCAUUUCCGGGCCAAGUCCAAGUCGUGGAACGGCGAUGGCCUGGGCGGUGCCACUGGGCGCCUCAAGAAGUCGCGCUCCCGCCUGAUGCUCUAAGGGCAACUGGGUCGUUACCUAAACUGGGUGUUAUCGUAUUGUAUAUAUAGACGUAUAGGGGUAUUUAUUUCAUGCUGAGUUUUAAGUUGAUUUUUGUUGAUUUUCAUUUGUUAAUCCGUAGGAUAAGUUUCUCUCUCAGACACAACGCCCGAACCACUCACACUCAUUCGCAAACUUCAUUUCGAAUCAACGUUUUUAGUUAGUUAUUAUUGUUUUAUUAUGGAUUCGGCUUUAGUUCAAUUUAUUUUAGCACUUUAGUUCAAAUUUUUAAAGCAAGCGAAAAAAUGUGCAUUAUAAUCUAAAAAGUAUGAGGAACCACUGUCAUUAAAAUUUAAGAGGCCGAACAUAGAACAUAGAGAUGCAUCAUCCCACAGAACCAAGAUCCCUUAAUCACGAAUAGAUGAUAAGCAGAACAAAAAAUGGCUAAAAAACUAAAAAAAAAAAAAAAAAACAAAAAAAACAUAAAAAAUUGCUCGAAAAACAUCGUUCAUCAACACAUACUGAAAUCCAUCGUAGAGUUUAAGAAAUUAUCGCAUAAGAGUUGAAAGUUGAAAACUUCUGCUAGGUACAAUUUACGCUUAUUAUUUGUUUAUUUUUAUGUAAUCCGUAAUCGAAGAAUCCCCAAAAAGAAAAACUUGCAAAUCGCAAUCGCAUACAACAAAAACAAAUGAUUAUUUUUACUAUGUAAUGAUUAUUAUUUAAGCAAAGCUUAUUUUUGCAUCAAAAAAGGCAAUAUUAUUGAACAAAGACCAUCAGAUUUUAAUAUAUUUAGUACACGACUUAAACUGAA